UUGUAAACAAAAAAUCUAGAAGUAGGAUAGUGAACACUAAUUUGAUUAAUAAAAACGUUACACUUUAGGCUUUAAGUAAACGUGGAAAUUUUAAAAUGUCCAGAAAUUUUUUAAGAGAGCUGGUAAAUGUAGCUGAAAAAUCAGCUAAUGUUGCAAGAAAAAUAAGGGAAGACCCUGUUUUGUUAGAACUUUUAAUUGAAGAAAAGAAUGAAGUGGAAGCCAACCCUCGGUUUAUAAAGGAUUUUAAGACUCUUGCAGACGUAUUAAUUCAAGAAAUGAUAAAAUAUGAUAUUGGGAAAUUGUUCCCAGAAUUAAAAUCAAAUAUCAAAGGAGAAGAAUCGCCAAUAUUUACAAAUAGUUUAGGUGAGACUGUUUGUAUUGAAAUAGCAAAUAGUCCCGAAGAAACAGCGACUUGCUUAGAGGUAGUUUUGAAUGGCAAUAAAGCAGCGGCUAAAAGUCUAGCAGAUGUGGUCCAUUCUGAAGAAAGUUUUCUAAAUGAAGAACAAGUUAUACCAGAAUUUCCAGAAAAAUUUGAUUACUCGAAAUUAGGAAUUUGGAUAGAUCCUAUAGAUGCAACAUCACAAUACAUAGCUGGUGAUACAAUUUUUUCGAAUUUCCCGGGUAUUACCUCAACUGGAUUAGAUUGUGUUACAGUGUUAAUUGGAGCUUACGAUAUUGAAACCGGAAUUCCAAUUUGUGGCGUUAUUAAUCAACCAUUUUGUGAAAAAAUCGAAAAACAAUAUAAGAGCAAAAUAUUUUGGGGUAUUUGUCUUGGGGAUUUGAAAACCAACAAUUUAAUUCAAGAAGAAACCAAACGUUCAUCCAAAAUCGGUCUCUUUUCAACUUCAGAACAUUCCAAUAUUAUAGAUACUUUCAAGGAUGAAAAAUAUGAAAUAGCUUUCUCGGCUGGUGCUGGUCAUAAAGCUUUAAAAGUAAUAACUGGCGAAGCUGAUAUAUAUUUGUUGUCAAAAGGAACAACCUAUAAAUGGGAUACGUGCGCUCCACACGCCAUUCUGUUAUCGCUAAAUGGUUGUAUGUAUGACUUCCAAAAAAGUUUAAAUGAAAAAAAAUUAAUUCCUUUGACAUAUAAUUCUGAAGAAGACAAACAAAAUAAAGGAGGUGUAGUCGCCGUAAAAGAUAUAAUUUUGAUUACAGAUUUAUUAGAGCGACUUUCAUAAAUUUAUAAAAAAAAAAACUUAAUUUUUAAAGAGGUAAAUAAUAUUUAUAUUUUUAUUAUUUAAAAAUAUUGAAUAGUAAAAUUUCCAUGAUUAUUUAUCGAAGUAAACUAAGAUACAGCCAUUUUACUAUAAUUUAUUUUUAAGUAUUUACAUAUAAAUAUAAGAUAUACUUAUUUUUAAGUACGCAGAUAUCCUACAUACUAAAAUGUUACAUUGUUGGUAUUAAUCUAAAUGUAUUUUAAUCAACAUUUAAUAUAAUUUAUUAAAAAAAUUUUAGUUAUUAAAAUUAAUAUUAUAUUAAGUAUUAAAAUUGAUUAUAAUAAAAGAUGUUGAACAGAAAAUAUGUCCAUAUGUACAUGUUUGAUGGGAAUUCAA